CUUUGUAGGCGUUACACGGGCUCUCUAUAUAAGCCAGCUAGGCAGCAAAACGUCACCAUAAUUCAACUUUACACACGGUGCUCCGGUUUCUGAGUCUUCUUGAGUAUGGAUAGAGUGGUGCGACAGUUAGUGCUCGCUGUAAUGGUGACCAUAGGAAUCGUGCAAUGUGAUCCCCCAUUGAACACUCAGUAUGGUGUCCCAGGAAAUUAUGCUGGCAGCAAUAACAACAACAAUAACAACAACGACAACAAUAAUCAUGGUUCAACUGGUACAAAUGACUUUGGCAAUCAUCAUUAUGACAACGGAGGUGACAAUGAUUACGUCGACCAGCCAAUGUCCUAUGAAUUUGGUUACGCAGUGAAGGACCAGGCAACAGGUAAUGAUUUUGGCAGACGUGAGACCAGUGAUGGUGAAACUGUGCGUGGAGAAUACAGAGUCCAACUGCCUGAUGGUAGGACGCAAAUAGUGACUUACACUGCUGACUGGAGGACAGGUUUCCAUGCAGAUGUGAGAUAUGAAGGCACAGCAACUUAUCCUGAUCAGUACAACACACAGAACAAUGGUUACAACAACAAUAAUGCUUACAAUAAUAACAAUCAGGCUGGAGGUCAGAAUUUUGGCUACCAGGGUAAUAAUAAUAAUAAUAAUGCUCCUGCUGUGUACAACGGAGGAAAUAAUGGAGGAUACAACUACCAGCCACCCAGUGGUAACUUCAACAGUGGUAACAAUUACCAAUACCAGUUCGGUUCUAAUUCUUUGGACAACAAUUACAACAAUCGUAACAACUAUAACACGCGAGUUCCAUCGACGACAUACGGACCAGCUUUUAAGUGACCUUAGUACAAUUCUAAU